AAAUUAAUGACUGACGAAGAUUAUGACAAACCAUUGAAGGAACUCGGUGCGCAAUUUUACUUUUAUAAUUUUUUUUAUUUGGAUUUACUUGCUUUCGUGAUAGUAGGCUGGUCAAAGUGA